AGGACCGGGUGCGGGGCCGCCUACUCGCUUGCGGGCGUGGAGCCUCCGGCCGGCCCGGCCGAGGCCGCGGCUGCCGCUCCUUCCUCUCCCGGCGGCACGGCCCUCCGCAGGCAGGCGGCUGGCGGGAGCAGCUCCGUGCCGAUGCUGCUGCCGGCCUGGGAACUUUGCCUCUACGGGCUCCUGACCGUGGGCUCCCACCUCUACGCUUUCUACGAAGCGCACCAAGUGUCUCGAGAGUAUGAGGCUGCAAUGGACAGAAGGUUUGGGCUGGACCCAGGGACUCUCUUUCGGGGGCUAAAAAAGGACCCCAUGGACUUUGAGUGGAGCUAUUGGGUUGAAUGGGGAAGGGAACGUAUACAGUGGCUUCUGGCUGGUCACCUGCUGGUAUCACAAAUGUCCAGGCUCUUGGUGGAGAAGUAUAAACCAUGGUGCUUGAUGGUUUAUGGAAUGGCUGCCUGCUGGUUGUUACUGGGAAUCAAGGGCUUUGCUGUAAUUUUGUUACAUGCAGCUAUUUCCUUUGCUGUGGCUCAGUUUCAGCUGUCACUCCUGACAUGGUUGUGCUCCCUUAUCCUUCUGGCCACUUUACGCAUACCAGCCGUGGAAGAAACCAAGAGAAAGUGGUAUGACACUGAAAAUGAGUAUUACCUGCUACUCUUCACUGUGUCUGUCCGCUGCCUCUUCUGCACUAGCUUCAGCCUGGAGUACUGCUGGCAUGCACCUACCCAGAAGUCAUCCCACUCAUUCCCCUGGAUGCUGGCAUAUGUGUUUUACUAUCCUACAUUCCACAAUGGACCCCUCGUGAAUUUUGAUGAAUUCAGUAAACAGAUGAGGAGACAAGAAGCUUUCAGUGUGAAGACCAAUCUCAGCAUCUUAAUUGUGGGCAUAAUUCGUAUUUUCUUUUGGUGGUGCCUGGCUGAGCUGAUGAUUCACCUCAUGUAUAUCCAUGCUCUCUACAGUAGUGCUCUGCCUUUGGAAUCUGCAUCUUACUGGGCUUUGGGUGGCCUGGCUUUAGCUCAAGUACUUUUUUUUUAUGUGAAAUACCUGGUUCUGUAUGGUGUUCCUGGCCUCCUCCUUCAAAUGGAUGGAAUCAAACCUCCAGCUCUGCCUUGCUGUGUGAGCCUGAUGCACAGUUUCACUAAAAUGUGGAGAAGUUUUGACGUUGGGCUGCAUCGCUUUCUGGUCAGGUACAUUUAUGUUCCAAUGGGAGGAUCUCAGUCCAGUUUGCUUGGAACACUAUUAUCUACAGCCCUCACUUUUGCCUUCGUAAGCUACUGGCAUGGAGGACAGAGCUAUUUGUGGUACUGGGGUGCACUUAAUUGGCUUGGAGUAAUUGUGGAAAAUGGUGCCAAGAGGAUACUUUCAAUUUCACUUAUUCAAGAUUUAAUUGAACGUUUCUUCUCGCCAAGAUUUCGUCGUCGACUUCAUGCUGUCCUAGCAUCUGUUAGCACUUCAAUGCUGAUUUUAUCAAAUCUAAUAUUUCUUGGAGGAAAUCAAAUUGGAAAAAUCUACUGGAACAGGAUCUUUAUGGAAGGCUGGCCAUGGGUCACGCUGACUGUUCUUGGAUUCCUGUACUGCUAUUCUCAUGUUGGAAUUGAAUGGGAGGAGAAUUAUGCUGCACAUUAGGAAUGAUGCAAACAAUUAUUCUUAAGGCAGGUUGAUGGUUUUUCUACACUGGAUAUUAUAUCUGCACAAGGGUGAGCCAGACCAAGUCUUCAGUCCAUGUAUUAAAACAAAAAGCUCAUUUAAUUGAUUCUGGAUUGCAAAUGCAGGAAUUGAACUGCAGAAACACUGAUGGGCUGCAGCAGGGGAUGGGGAGAAAUUAUGAAGCAUUUUGAAUUAUGUUAUUUUUGUAAAACGGCAUCUUUGUGACUGUGUACAUUAGAAGUGUGCAUUUCAGAACAGGCAUUUUAUAUAUGUUGAGGGUUGUUUUCAUAUUUUGCUGCCCAUUUUAAGAUAUUGAAGAAAAAAAAAAUAUUACCUUGGAGAAUUCAAAAAGCCCAAUCUCUCACAGGUGGUGUCCAGGGGCAUGUAGGGCUGUGCCCUGUACUUACACUACUCCAUGAAGGGCAUGAUGCUCAUCAGUUCUUCUUGACUGCUUUCUGAUAUAAGCUAGAACAUUUGGUAUUCUCGCUGACUUAUUUCUGCCUUAAGCUUCUUUUCCACCUACUGUAGCAAUGCCUGUUUUUUUCUUUUUAAUGUCUUAUUUUAAAAUUUUGCCUUUAAAAUAACACCUUUUUGGUAACCUUAGAAAUCUUUUUUUUUUCUUUAAAAAGAGAGAAUAGAGAGGAAGGUCUUUUCUUAAGGAGCACCUUUCUUAAGAAGCACCUUUCUUAAGAAAUCAAAUAUGCAUUUAAAGCUCCUAGGACUUUAAAUGCUCUCUGCCUUGUCUUAGAGCUAAAGCAUUAAAUACUACCUUUAUUUUGGGGCUAAUACCACCUUCAGACUGUUCAGUCUGCUUCUUGUAUUGUUCUGUUACAAAAAGAGACAUGGUAAAUCUGUCCAGUCUGCUUCAUUCUCUGGUGUCCAAGCAAUCAGCUCCUGCAAUAUAUUGCAGACACCCUGGAAAGAGCUUUUUACAACCUUUAGAAAAAAACAGAACGGUAAAAGACAGUGGCACUAGAUUAGCUGGAGUUCCAUGUCCUUUGGCUACACAGACCUGCUGGAGCAGCAUCUUUGCCCAAAGAUUGUGCUGUCCAGAGCUGGGAAGGUCACACCUGCAGGUGUCCAGGUUGCAGGAGUGCUUCGACACAUGCUGUUUCCUAAGGGAAGACCCCAUCUGAUACUAUGGAUGUCACCUACACUGUUCUGUUUUAAACUGAUACUGAAGAGCAGCCAGAAGACCUUUAGUCUUUCUAAAGUUAGACAUUCCCCCUAGGCAUGGUCAAAAGGCCACAUGUUCUGGAGUAGACUUCUUCCAAAAGCAGCUUCCUCCACCCAAAGCAUGUCAAAGCUUGUUCCAUGCCCCUGGCAGACAUUUCAGCCAUCACUCCUGCAACUUAAGCCAAGUCUGAUAUAAUUUAUCCUUCAACAAAAAAAUCCAUUCCUGAGACAGGCUUCUGUUUAUUGCCUGCAUUUCUGCUGGUCACAACUAUAGCAACCUUCUUGUUAACUUCCAUUUAUUCCUGAAGAAAUAAGGGCAGAGGCUUCAGCUCUCUAUCCAUCCAGAGAAAAGCCCAUCUCUUGGUGUUUCAAAGCAGAAGCUCCAGCCUUUUAUGUUAAGAUCCCCCAGCUCCCCUGCCAUGACAAUGCCAUGAUUUGCCCUGGAAGCCAUUUCUAGGAGGCACCAUGGCCUGUUGAAAAUAACUUCCCUUGAAUUCUGCCUGGCCAGAGACAUGGCUCCCCUAACUGACUGGAUGAUGAUUGUAGGGAUUCUGUCAGUCACAGAGCAGAUGGCUCUAAGCCUCUGAAUUUUCUGAAAGGAUCUGAGGUUGGCCUCCAUUUUGGGACAGCACUGAGCGAAGGGCAAGAAUUUUCUCAGGCUUUGCUCAAACUUUGUAAUUAAGUGGAAUUAGCAUUAGAGCAAAAAGUCAUGAAUCUGCUCUCCUGUCUUAUUGAUUACCAUUAUUACAUGAACCGAGGUGCUACUGAGUGACUGAAUUCCAAUUUGUAUGCAUGCAAAACUUCCAGCUCCUAUAUCGAAAUGACCCUGAAGGUCAUCUAGAGCAUGCUUAUUUCUGAACCAAAAUUGUUUUCUAUGUUUUUCCAGUGCUUUAUAUAUCUUUCAUAAUUUUGUAUCUUUUUCUGUUUCUAUAAAUAAAGCUGAAAUGCACUGUU